GUAAAGCCUGUAACGGUCGGCCCCCUUUUCUCUGGAUCCAGCCUCGUCCGAAAAGUUGCUGGCUGAAGAGCGUUUCAACUCAAACCCACCGAAACGCUUCUUCUCGCUGUUUUUUUAAAAAUUUUUUUAACGCUUUACGACCGCGCGCGGAGAGACGAAGGGACGUUUUUUUUUUCUCUCUUUUUUUUAAUUGCGUAUUUUUUUUUUUUUUUUAUCCCAAAUGAAACGAGCGAGAAAUGCCAGUGGAAAUGCUAUAUCCAUACCCAAUGCCUCCGUAGGUUCGCCACCGCUCCUUCAAACCUAUACAGCCGUGUCGACCUGUUGAGAGUGCUUGACCAGUGUCAGAUUCCAGCGAUGUGGAUCUGCAUGGUUUACAAUGAGACGGACACCAGUGUGGACUUCCGGCUCUGCCAGGACUUUGGCCUCAUCCUGUCAGUCGUCUCGCUCAUCUACCUCCUGGUGUGCUUCCCAUUGGGGCUGUGCUACAAUGUGCUGCUGGUCGUAGUGAACCUUUCCAACAAGGUCUCCAUGACCAUGCCGGAUGUCUAUUUCGUCAACAUGGCCAUUGCGGGUAUUGUGCUUAACCUGGUGGCGCCUGUGGAGCUCCUGAGCUCCACCUUCACCCGCUGGCAUGCAUGGGAGUACAACAACGAGGUCUACAUCACCCUGCUCAUCCUCUUCAACAUCUCAUCUCUGGUCAUCAUGUAUUCCACCACACUGCUCAGUCUGGACUAUUACAUAGAGCGGGCGCUGCCUCGCACAUACAUGUCCAGUGUGUAUAACACCAAACAUGUGUGUGGGUUCAUCUGGGGUGGCGCAGUGCUCACUAGCUUCUCUUCGCUGCUCUUCUAUGUGUGCAACCACAUCUCCACUAAAAUGGUUGAGUGCUCUAAAAUGCAAAACAAGGAGGCGGCAGACGCCAUCAUGAUGUUUAUUGGCUACGUGGUUCCAGCUGUGGCUGUUCUUUAUGCUUUUGUGCUCAUUUUGCGCAUUAGGAAAGAAUCCACACCUCUGGAUCAGGACUCUGCUCGCUUGGACCCAUCUAUACACAGGUUGCUGCUAGCCUCAGUCUGUGUGCAGUUUGUACUGUGGACCCCAUACUACAUGACCCUUUUGGUGCACACUGUAGCUGGUGCACCGGGGUACAUUAACAAUGCACAUUACUUACCUACCUAUUAUUUCUUGAGAUGCUUGUCUAAACUGCUGGCUUUCUCUAGCAGCUUUGCAAUGCCUCUCAUGUACAGGCAAAUGAACAAAAACUUCUCCACCAAGCUUCAGCGGCUGCUCAGGAGGCUGCAUUGCAGAGACCAGUCUUGCCCUCAUGAACGCUCAACAGUGCAGCAAGUGGUGACGUGAGAGCUCCCCCUGGGAGAUCACAGAUGCCCCUCCUACUCCCCCCUUUCCACCUCUUGGCCUAGCCAGCACUUAUCUCCACCCCCUAUAGAGCCAGUGUCUGACUCUGCUCCCUGACUGCUCUGGACUGUGUUAAGAGCGACAUAGCUAACUGUGGAAUUUCCUGUCACCUUCCAGAACUUGAUCUGAUCUAUCCAGUUUUGCAGUGGGAGGACAGACCAAGCAAAAACCACUAAGUGCUGCUUUUUUGUCACUGAGUAAAGCUCUCCACCAAGACACUUUGGGCUUCUAGUUCAAGGGUGGUAAAUUUGGCACAAUCAUUCAAUAACUACCCAGUGCAGUGUGUUUUUUUAGAGUUCCCCACAGACACUUACAAAAUAGCCUGUUAGCAAGGGACUUCCAAGCACUAUACCAGUGUCAUGGGCGUGGUUUGUGCUGUGAAUGCUCUGCAGACAGCCUGCAAGUUUCACUAAUGCAUGAUUGUCUAAACUUCACUGUAAAGUCUCAUUAUUCUAUGAUGUGAUUUAUUUUUAAACUUUUAUAGUGUUGCAGCACGAUGCUUUCCCCAACACACAAACUGAACCAAUAAGCUAUAAACUUUAAUUAUCAAGUGAAGCCAACUUAUUUUGUUGCUAAACAGAACGCUCUACACCCCUGCACUUAUGGAUUGUGGCUGGUAUAUCAGCGACCCACCACAGCUAAUGAACAUUGCAUGUCAAACCUCCAAACCAGCAUUUUGCUCCGUCAGUGAGUAUCACUGUCGACUGCCCUGAAACUAGAAGCCCCGGUCACUUGAAUUAGAAGACAGUUCUUCUCUUUUUAUUCAGUUCAGCUCAAUUUACCUUUUGCUCAGAUGUGUUGUGAGUGAUUCCUCAUUAUCAGCUUAAGUAAUCUUCACAUUUUAAAGGUGGAGUGAUAAUAACAGUCUCGUACAGAAACUGUAGCUAUUUUCUUUAUCAUGCCAGUGCUGCCCUGUAACUAGAAAUAGGUACUGGUAUGAAGAUAUGUUCUCGUUUCACUUAUAGAUUGUGUUCUGAGGUUUUGAUCCACUCACAUGCACGAUGAAGAGAUUAUUUUUACACGUGUAAAGCUCCACAACAGAUUUCCUCAAAUAGAAAUAUAUAUCACCACACCACUUUGAAGUCACGCAAAACAAAACAAAAUGCUCAUACAAAGCAUGUAUUCAGGGUUCAGACAUAACCGGUUUACCUCUUAUUACCUCUGCUGAAAUAACAUUACCUGUUAACCAUACACAGUUCAAAUCAACUAUUAAAAAUCAACUCAAUAACCUGAACUGAUAGCCUCAGCCCAGUAUGUGAUUUUUUUUUGUAAAGCUGCAUUUUACUUCUGCAGGAAAUAUGCAUGCAGAGCCUCACAUAGGGUCAGUGAAGUCCACACAGGGUCACAGAGAGGGCCCUGAGGAGGUGGCAUGUACAUUCCCUAAAUUUUAUGAGCACUCAUGAAUAGAUGGAAGGUUUGUCCAGUGAAAAUGUGGAGACUCACCGAGUCACUCCAAAGGCAAUAUCAUAAACCUUCUUGAAAAUAUGAAAGGCUCGCCUACCAAGCACCUGUAAACAGUGUGUUUGACACGGAAGAAUUUGAACUGUAAUGCUGCUCAGCCGUAGUAAGGUGAUCUGCACAUUGUUGGCAAAGCUGCUUUGCUUUCUUGCCUGCCACUUAGUAAAAAGUGAACGGACUGUUCUUGUAGUGAUGAACCCCAGUUAUAUGUUGCAAAAUAAAAUCUCGUUCUUGCAUCAGGUCUGUUGCGUCACUGCAUUAGUUUAUUUCCGAUUUGCUUUCUGAAUGAGAGGGCCAGUUUAUCAAUCACCCUGUGAACAGACACACCAGUGAAGUGGGGCAUUCACUUACAGGGAAAUUAAUUGUCUCCUAUGUUUGUGGACAGUUUUCAUUUACACCUUCAAAUAAACAAUUUUGUGUUAAUGACAGCCUGCUAAAAUUGUUGGACUGUUUUCAUGAGUGUGCUUCCACUAAAAAUGGGAACGAUUGCUAUAUGUACUAAUAAUGAUUUGAUAUUUUUUCAUUAUGACAUAGUUGCAUACACACACUCUGUAUGUCUUCACGUUCUAGGAAUAUGUUGUGUCUGCAGCUGAGGCAGUGUCCAACGUUUGAUUUUUCUUCUGCAAAACCCCAACAUGCUUUACACGCAUCUGCCGUCAAUCCGUAGCAAAUCAUUUCAACUGAGUACGCACGUUUACGUUUUGUGCCUCAGUAUGUGCUGCCCCAUUAAAAUCUUGUACAUAUUGUGACACAGUUAAUCAUUAUUUGAGCUUGGUUCAAAGUCCUACUGUUCAUUUAGGAUUGAAAAGGCACAGUGGUGCAUGGUCAGAUGACAAGUAGUUUGAAACGAAGCUUGUGACGAUCAGACGGAGGACGUUUAAGCAACAUUCCUAAAAUGGUGUUCAUUUUUAGCCCCGAAUAGGUGCACUAUAUAUUGAAAGAGGCUCCAAUGAUUAUUUAAUCAAUACGUCCUGGAAAUAGACCUGAAUUAAAGUGAAUAACACAAAUUCUCGUCCCAGUUUUCAUCCAAAUGCAUGUGUUGUUUUGAUAAUAAAAAUAGUUUAGAAGUUUAAUUAUGAUCUGGAGCUAAAUCUGCAUAAAACGACACAAAAUGAAGGACAAUCAAAGCCUAAAUAAGAUCAUUUAGCUGCACCAUGUUGCUAUAAGAAAAAGAAAAAAACACCUGUAAGCAAAACACCAUCAAGUUUACUUGGAGCUGAUUUGUGCAUGUGCCAUUUAAAGUUAGCUGCCGUUACAUACAGAAGGUCUGACUUUUUUUGCCAAGACCUGAUCAGUUUUCCUUAUCCAUUGCCAUACCUCCAUCCAUUAAGCUUUUUUUUGGAACUAUCUCGCCCAGAGACAGGACCUAACAAACUCCUUGGCAGACAUGAUGAUUAGUAAUCACCACGUGGACUUGACUUCAUGAUGUUCACAAAUGGAAAGUAAAGCACCGUCAAAGCUGUAAAUCACACCUAAACUCGAGUUUGGUUUAGCAUUUCAGAGGGGCCUAAAUCUCACAUCAGUGCAAAGACACAUUAUAAUCAUGGAGUUCACUUUAAUAGCUGAAACAGACCGAGUGUAGAAACGCCCUCAACGUUCUCGUGUGUCGAAUGUAUGCAGAUGCAUUUUAGCUCUUUGAACAGCAAAACCUCAAACGUUCAGAUGAAUCCACUUGCGGAUAUGAUGCUUUUGUGACUGUGUAUACAAGUGCAUAUGUAUAAUAUAAAAUAUUCUGUAUAUAUUGUAUGUGAAAGAUUUACAGGAAGAUAUCAUGCUCUUUCAAAAACACAGUAUUAAUUUGUAAGUAAUUACUCUACUGUCAGCUGAGUCAAAGACUGAUUGAACAAUAAACUAAAAUGAAUGAGACCA